AUGUCAGCUGUCAAUGACACUUCAUUCACACAUGCAGUGUUCCUCCUCACUGGGAUACCUGGGCAUGAAGACGUCCAUAUCUGGAUCUCCAUCCCCUUCUGCUUCGUGUAUGUGAUUUCGAUAGUAGGAAAUUCCUUCAUUCUGUUCAUUAUAAAAACAGACCCUAGCCUCCAUGAGCCCAUGUACCUUUUCCUUUCCAUGUUGGCCCUCACAGACCUUGGUUUAUCGAUAUCCACCAUACCGACAAUACUGGGCUUUUUCCUGUUUAACUCUAGGGAGAUCAGCAUCAAUGCGUGUUUUGCCCAGCUGUUCUUCAUCCACACACUUUCAUUCAUUGAAUCCUCAGUGCUCUUGGUGAUGGCCUUUGACCGCUUUGUGGCAAUUUGUAGCCCACUGAGGUAUACUUCCCUCUUAACUCUGCCGAGAAUCGCAAAGUUGGGAUUAGUUUGCAUGCUCAGAGGGGUUGCUGUAUCAUUCCCAUUUCCUUUUCUCCUGAAGCGGUUCCAAUACUGCCGAUCCAAUGUCCUCUCCCACUCUUACUGCCUGCACCAGGACGUCAUGAAGAUGGCUUGUUCAGAUAUCAGAGUCAACCAUGUCUACGGCUUGUUUCUUACAGUCUCUACAGUGGGAUUGGAUUCACUGCUCAUCUUCCUCUCUUAUAUGAUGAUCCUCAAAACAGUGCUGAGUGUCGCAUCCCACACGGAGUGCCUCAGGGCCCUGAACACCUGCGUCUCCCACCUCUGUGCCGUCCUGCUCUUUUACACCCCAGACAUUGGCCUGUCUUUGCUACACAGAUUUGGAAAUGGUUCUAACUUGUUUCAGGUUCUCCUGGGCUACAUCUAUCUGCUGGUCCCACCUCUGAUGAACCCGAUUGUGUACAGCGUGAAAAGCAAACACCUUCGUGCGAGGAUCAUCAGGGUGUUUGUCAAGUGA